AUACAGCUUUUGAGCCACCUCGCGGCGGCUGAUAAUCCAUCUCUCAUAAAUCGAGGCAUGCAGAAUCAAUAUCCGGAACAACAGUAUGCAGACCUGCAGUACAUGGCCCAAGCCGCUCAAGCUGCAAUCCCUCCGUCUCCGUCAUCUAUUGCUGUUCACUUCCGUCUCCAUCCUGCCUCCGAGGGCCAAUCUCAAGCCAUGAGAUUCGACGGCAGGUGCCUUUGCGAGAGCUGUUACUCGAAGCAGGAAAAAGACGAAGGUGUACUGCACAUGCUAGACAAUUGAAUAUGGUCCGAUGGCAUCUUGCGACAAUCCGCAAUGUCCAUAUGAAUGAUUUCACUGGGAAUGUGAAGGUGUGAGGGAAGAACCAUCAGGGAAGUAGCUCUGUGGUACUUGUAGG